AUGUUGUUCUGUUUUUUCUUAAAGGAUCUAAGAUUCUCGAAACGAAGUUUGUUCUUCUACGCUAUGUUCACAUGCUUAAUUGCUACUUGUUGCUCCGGUUUAAUAAAAGCGGACCUGGAAGCUUAUGUGGAUCUCAGCCCGGUGUAUAUUGGUGAUUCUAUGGUUGCACUUUUCGACGAGAAACUACUUUCACUUCAAGGGAGAAUUACGUACGAUCCUCUUCCAUUUUUUGAAAUUGGUUUCGACGUUCUUUGCUUUGUUUCUGUGCUGUGUCGGCGGUAUGGUGGCUGUUGGCAACAGAAGGAGAAGGAACCGGUCAUGUCGAAAUGCUUAUUCAGGAAGCCUAUUGUGAGAAGAAAUAAUCGACUUUUUUCCAUGCACCAAAUAAUAACGGACGGAGCACCGAAGAACGACGUAAACUGCGGGCAACACACAAUUACGUCACCAAUCGAAUCCACACCGCUGACGAGUUCCACUUCCGUUUAUCGAUCGUCUUGCUUUAGUAAUUGUUGUCAACGUGUCCAGCGCUGCUAUGGAUAA